AUGGCGAUGCAAGUGGUGGUCUCUAUGGAAACGGUGGGCGACGACGCUGCGGAGCCCUUCUUCAAAGGCCUCUUCGGGGAGCUUCGGCGGGACUGGGAGGGCGAGAUUGGCAUCCGCUUCCUUGCGCAGUCAACCUUCGUGAUCACCUCAUUGGGGCGGCAUCUGGGCGACAGCGAUGCACUGGAAGAAGAUUGC